AUGGACGCUGGCAAUGGUGGUGGUGCGUAUAUUCCACGACGAAAGCGACGACGUGCAGGUCUUUCUUCCUCUGCAAUAGGAUCGCAAGCCAACUGCUCUAUUGGUAGCUUGAUAGAUGAAGCGUCGGCAGAGCAGGAGGCAUCUUGGGUGCGUCAAGAACAAGGGAUCGUAGUCGAAGGAGAUCACCCGAUCCCGCCUCCAAUACUCAGUUUUGAUGAGCUUGCGCUGUCUCCAGACGCCAUAUCGGUAUUGCGAUCGCGUGGGGUGACGACGCCAUCAGCUGUGCAGGCUCAGGCUCUUCCGUGCAUUUUCCAAGGCCGCGACGUGGUCGCUCUGGCACCUACUGGCAGCGGGAAAACGCUGUGCUACAUUCUCCCGUUAUUCAAUUUGUUGCAACGACUGCAUCAGCAAGCUGGACCUGCACUGGGAACAAACUCGUCGAUGGUAUUGAUGCCAACAGCACCUUGUGCGUUAGUUAUUGUGCCGACACGAGAGCUUGUCGACCAGGUGGUGCAAGAUCUCGCGGCAUUCUUUCCUCGCCGAACGACUCCACCAGUCGUUGGUGUUUGUGGUGGCAUUGCAGUCGUUGAGCAACUCUCUCUACUACAACAACGUGGUAGUGAUGUAACGGUACUGGUCGCAACACCCGGGAGAUUACUGCAUCUUGCGCAGCGUCAUGGCGUAACGUUGUCGCUUGGACAGAUGUCUCUACUUGUAGUCGACGAAGUGGACCGCGUGCUUGAAACGCCUGAGAUGGAAAUACAGCUACGCGAGAUCCUGCAGCUCGCGAACAGUGCUGGACGGCAGACGCUGUUGUGUUCAGCAACUUUGCCUGUCUUUUUGCCGCGACUGGCACGUUCAGCAGUGCUUCGACCCGUCACGAUUUACGUCGACGUGGCGAAUAUACCAAGCCAGACUCCAUCCACGUUGAGCUCUGGUACGAAAGAGUCUUCAGCUGUCAGGCUGGCACACUCCACAACGUCAAAGGUAGUUCAUGAUGUGCAGUUCAUGCGCGCUGCAACGAAACAGGCUCGGCUGCUUGGAGUGCUGCGUGCCACAAAGCAACCGCCAGUGUUGGUCUUUUGCAACACGCGCUCAAGCGUUGAGUGCGUAACUCGCUUGUUACAGGAUGAGCAGUUCCACGUCGCACCGCUACACGGCGGGCAGUCCCAAGGUUAUCGCACCCAAGCGUUACGCGCUUUCCGAGCAGGCUACGUCGAUGUCUUGGUGGCAACGGACGUGGCUUCUCGAGGACUUGAUUUUCCCGACGUCGGAACUGCUGUGCUGUUUGACAUCCCGAACACGAUCGAAGACUACAUGCACCGCUGUGGCCGUGUAGGCAGACAUACGAAGGAUGGUCCAGGAGGUUCUGACGCCGCUGGAAAGGUGACGUCGUUUCUCACGCGUGAGUGCACCAUUGCUAUGGAGUUAAAGCAGGUGCUGCUCGCAGCUAGACAGUCUGUACCGCGUGAGCUGAACAUGCCGAGGAUCUUUCAACCAGUCGAUACGCUUACGUCAGAGCACAAGCGGUAG